AUGAGCUCACCAUUGGUUGUAGGUUUUAGACGUUGGACAGGAGUUGAAGGAGGUGGAAGAUUUUCAGAUUCAGUAAGAGAAGGAGUAGUUGAGAUAGGAGGGACGGUGACUUGUGGACUUGGGUGGUUGUUGGUUGUUGUGGCAUCAAAAUCCCAAAGCUGGUUUUCCAUGGAUCUUCCAGCAGGUCUCCUUGUUGUGACCAAUCUUUCGGCAGUGAUCGCACCAAGGUCGUCCUUUUCUCAGUCUGUUAUCUCCAGCUUGAUGUUGAGGGCCUUGAACCGAGAGUGCAGAUCCUUCAGGGCUAUUGUGGAUACAGUUAAUCAAGUUCGACAGCAGCAGGAAAGACAGCAAAAGCAAUUAGAAGAUACUAUUUCCAUUUCAUUUCAACAGCAAGAAGCAGCAAGAUUGGAAAGGGAAAAUCAAGAGAAAAGGUUCUCGGAUCUUAUCCAACAGAUUUCAAGACUUUCUUGCAACAAUUCUGAAGGAAAUGGACAGAAUGCAAGGAAUAAUCAAGAUAGUCAUCGUGGAGGCAGAGAAGGUGAUAAUGAAGAAGUGCACACUCAUGACAUGGGUGAAAGAUCUGUUGCUAAAGGGAUUAAGCUUGACUUUCCAAGAUUUUUUGGCAAGAAUCCUGCAGCUUGGAUAUAUAUGGCCAAUCAGUAUUUUUUGUAUCAUCAAGUUCCUCCUGGACAAAGAAUUUUUUUGGCUUCAUUUCACUUGGAGGAAGAAGCCCUUGUUUGGUUUCAAGAUGCUAGUGAAGCUGGCACUUUUCAUUCCUGGGAAGAAUUUACACAAGCUGUUCAAGUGAGGUUUGGAUCAUCAGCUUAUGAUGAUCCAAUGGAGGCAUUAACACGUUUAAAACAAGUUCAUUCUGUUACUACUUACAAGGCAGAGUUUGAGUUACUUUCAAAUAGAAUAAAAGGGGUUUCUGAAAAAAACAAGCUUAGUUGUUUUUUGAGUGGCCUGAAGGAUGAAGUAAGGCUCCCAGUGAGGAUGCUUAACCCAACUACUUUAAAUGAUGCCAUUGGUUUAGCCAAGAUACAAGAAGAGUAUGUGUGGGCAACGAGAAGAUCUUGGAAGGGCACUAGUAGUGAUUUUGGUGGGAAUUCUACAGGUGGGUCAAUAUUAGGAACACCUAAGGUGUUGUCUAAUAAUAAGCUGUCUUAUCAGAAAGUUUCUGAAGCACAGAUGCAAGAAAGAAGAAAGAAAGGUCUUUACUAUUUUUGUGAAGAUAAGUGGCAUCAAGGCCACAAGUGCAUUAAGCCAAAGAUCUAUGUGUUAGACGGAAUGAAUAUUUUUAGGGAUGAAACUGUUGAAGAUCAAGAUAAGGUGGAGAUUGUUGAAGAAGAAAUGCAGCAUGGUGACAUUGCUUUCAUCUCUUUGCAAGCAAUUGGAGGAACUCCAAAUCCUAAAACAAUGAGGAUUGUGGGGCAGAUUAAUAAAAAAAGGGUGGUCAUUUUGAUAGACACUGGUAGUACCCAUAACUUUGUGGAUACAACAGUGGCUGCUAAGUGUGACUUGGCUGUUGAUACAGAUCAAUCCAUUCAGGUUUGUGUGGCAAAUAGGGAUGUUGUGGAAAGUUUGGGUAGAACUUCUGCUGUAACAGUCCAUAUGCAAGGUUGUGAUAUGGUUAUGGGAGUGCAAUGGCUGCUAUCACUUAGUCCCAUACUUUGGAAUUUUACUGAGCUGCAAAUGCAGUUCUCUUAUGGCACAAAAACUGCAGUUCUUAAGGGGCUGACAUCAACAAAUGCUGAAUUGGUUGAUAAUAGGGAAUUAGCUACUAUUUCUAAAGUGGGAUCAAAAGGGUUUUGGCUCCAAUUCCUGGCUGUGGAGCCUAUUCAGAAGCAGUCUACUAUACCCCCCCAGAUUGAGGAGUUGUUGCAGACUUAUCAAGUGGUUUUUGAGGAGCCUAAAGGCCUUCCCCCCCAUAGAUCUCGAGACCAUCAAAUUAUUUUAAAGAAUGAGUCUAUUCCAGUAUCCUUGAGACCAUACAGAUACCCACACUUUCAGAAGGCAGAAAUUGAGAACAUAGUAGCUGAUUUACUUAAAACUGGAGUUAUUAGACCAAGUCAAUCCCCAUUCUCAUCACCUGUGUUACUGGUCAGGAAGGCAGAUGGAUCUUGGAGGAUGUGCAUACACUAUCGCAUGCCUAAUGAGGCCACCAUUAAAGAUAAGUAUCCAAUUCCAGUAGUUGAUGAACUCUUGGAUGAAUUAUUUGGUUCAACUAUUUUUUCAAAGCUUGAUCUUAGAUCUGUAUACAACAAAGACCUAGAAACUCAUUUGACACAUUUAGCUACUAUUUUGGGAGUUUUGAAGCAAAAUCAGUUAUAUGCUAAAAAGUCUAAGUGUCAUUUUGCAUGCCAAGAGAUUGAGUACUUGGGCCAUCUGAUUUCCAAGGAGGGUGUGAAGGCUAACCCAAGGAAAUUAGAGGCAAUGAUUAACUGGCCAGUUCCAAAAACUCUUAAAGCUUUGAGAGGUUUUUUGGGUUUAACUGGUUAUUACAGAAAGUUUAUUCAGCACUAUGAUUUCACUCAAAAGUUUGUCAUUGAGUGUGAUGCAUGUGGAGUUGGGGUGGGUGCUGUGCUCAUUCAGAAUCAUAAACCAAUUGCUUUCUUAAGUCAAGCUUUAAAGGGAAAAAAUUUAACACUCUCUACCUAUGAGAAAGAACUGUUAGCAUUGGUUUUAGCCAUUAAAAAAUGGAGACCUUAUUUGUUGGGAUCUAUUUUUACAAUAAGAACUGAUCAUUUGAGCUUGAAGUAUUUGUUGGAGCAAAACGUAGGUACAGCAGCUCAACAAAAAUGGAUCUCAAAGUUGUUGGGCUAUGAGUUUUCCAUUGAAUACAAAAAAGAGAUAGAGAACAAGGUUGUUGAUGCCUUGUCUCGAAAUGAUUGCCAAUCAGAUGAAGCUGCAGUGUAUGCCAUUUCAUAUCCUACCCCAGUUUGGUUGGAAGAACUUAAACAAGCUUAUGCCUCAGAUCCUGUAACUCAACAACAGCUGUCCUUGUUAACAGAUGGGUUACUUCACACAAUUCUUUUACUGUGA